AAAAAUCAUAAUGAAUAAAGAAAGAAAGAAACUGUCACACACCCCUUAUUAGUACCCCGACCGUCCCUCCCACGGGUCAAUCAAAGGCAAUCUUCAUCUUCAUACAGAAAAGCUAGCGCACGCAUCAAUGGAGAAUUCCCCAAAGGCCAUUCGCUGCAAAGCGGCCGUGUGCAGAGCUCCCGGCGAGCCUCUUGUCAUCGAAGAAGUCGAGGUGGCUCCUCCCAAAGCUUUCGAAGUCCGCAUCAAGAUCAUCUGCACCUCACUUUGCCACAGCGACCUCACUUUCUGGCGCAGACAAGAUUUCUCAAUCUUCCUUCCGCGCAUCCUCGGGCACGAGGCUUUCGGGUUUAUUGAGAGCUUGGGUGAUGGGGUAAAUGGAAUGGAGGUGGGGGACGCGGUGGUGCCAACGUUUCUAUCAAACUGUGGGGAGUGUAGGGAGUGCCGGUCGGAGAAGGGAAAUUUCUGCUCGGUGGCCCCGUUCUCUGUGUUUCCAGGGAUGCCGAGGGAUGGAACGGUCCGGUUCACGGAUGCAGCCGGUCAGCCAGUGAACAACUUUCUCGGCGUGUCAAGUUUCUGCGAGUAUACUGUUGUUGAUAUCGCUCAGGUGACCAAGGUCGAUAGCGCACUCCCGCCGGAGAAAGCCUGUCUGCUCAGUUGCGGUGUGUCCACGGGAGUCGGAGCCGUUCGAAAGAUAGCUGCAGUGGAGGCAGGAUCCUCAGUGGUCAUAUUUGGGCUAGGUGCAGUAGGAUUAGCGGUUGUUGAAGGGGCAAGGUUUCAAGGGGCUGCCAAAAUAAUUGGGGUAGAUGUUAACCCUGAUAAGUUUGAUAUCGGAAAAAAAUUGGGGCUUACUCAUUUUGUUAACCCAAAGGAUAACGGGGAAAAAUCUGUGGUUGAGAUAAUCAAAGAGAUGACUGAUGGAGGUGCUGAUUACUGCUUUGAGUGCAUUGGUUUGGCCUCUUUGAUGAGUGAUGCUUUCAAUUGCUCCCGAUUGGGUGUUGGCAAAACUAUCAUUCUUGGAGUGGAAAUGCAUGGAAACCCAAUAUCAAUAGAUUCAGCUGAAAUUUUGAAGGGAAAGUGUAUUAUGGGUUCUUUAUUUGGUGGAAUCAAAGCGAAGACUGACAUUCCAAUCCUAGCAAAACAAUACUUAAACAAGGAACUGCAUUUGGAUGAGUUCAUAACUCAUGAGGUGAAUUUCAUGGACAUAAACAAAGCUUUUGAUUUACUGGUUCAGGGGAAGAGUCUCAGAUGCAUCAUAUGGAUGAAUCAAUGAUCUCUGCCUAGAGAUUCACUAGGAAUGACUCUGAUAUGUGAUUGAGAUUUUGUUUGGGACGGUUUUUUUAUUACUUCUUGAGCAGCUUUUUAGUACUAAAAAGUUGCUUCAAUAAGCAAUAAAAAAGUCGUCCCAAACGAGGCCCGAGUGCUCCACUGUGGCCAGUUUUAUUUAUUUAUUUUGUUUAAAGAUCUUAAUUAAACAAGACAUGUUGAUUUAUUUUCUCAUAUUUGAGUGAUAAUUAGAUUGCUGCAAGAUGAAAAUGAAUGGCAUGUCCCUUUGAUUA